GCCAAUUUUGCGGAGGCAAAGGUGACUGGCACUGUUGCGGACUGUGGCUGCUGUUAUAGCGAGUUUGCUCUCAAUCGUAUGGUUUGUUGCGAGAAUGGGAACCAUUUCUUCUGUGUCGAAUGUGCACGCCGCAACGCUGAAACGGUGGUUGGCCUCUCAAAGUAUGAGAUUACCUGCAUUUCCACAGAUGGAUGCGAUGCUGGAUUUGCUCACAAAGAACGCGCCAAGUUCAUCAAUGAUCAACUCAAUCAAGCCCUAGAUCGCAUCGAAUCCGAGGCUAAUCUCCGCAUGGCUGACAUUGACGGCCUGGAGACCUGUCCUUUCUGCCCUUAUGCCGCCGAGUACCCACCGGUCGACAUCAACAAGGAGUUCAAGUGCGAGAAUCCCGACUGCCAGGUGGUAAGCUGCCGGCUUUGCAGAGAAGAGACCCAUAUACCCAGAACCUGUGAAGAAGCUGCUGGGGACAGCGCAGAAGGUGCUCGGCGUCAAAUUGAGGAGGCCAUGUCCAGUGCGCUCAUCCGCAAAUGCAACAAGUGUGGCAUGGCUUUUGUCAAAGAAUCAGGGUGCAACAAGAUGACCUGUACAAAGCGUGGAUGUAGGAACGUCCAGUGUUACGUUUGUUCCAAGUCAUGCGACUAUGCCCACUUUGACGAC